UCUUCUGCCGCUUUUUGCGUUUCGAUCGCUGAGACUGUACAAGAAUUACGAACGUAGUCCGAAUUCAACUUUUUUCAUGCGCAGGAUGGAUGCGGGCAGUCCCGAGCGGGCAGGAUGAGCCCCAUCUUGCCCGCUGGGGUAGCUAAUCAGAACACAGGAUUAGCUUCAUCUUGCCCACGGGCGCUGCGAGCGACGCAAUAAGGGGACUUAAAACACGUUUCGCCUCACCGGCAUACCCUUUGGUAAUCUAGAACACAGGGCAAUGACUUAUAAUCACGCCUUCCUUAACUGACGCUGUUACCUUUACUAAGCUGUUCGUUAUGCCGUCGACGUUUGUUUUAAUUUGAGCCGUACGGUGUUAAGCAUUUGCGAAAGUGACUGUUAGCGAACCAAUAGGACUGCCGACACGCUGCCUCAGCCCCAAUGCAUUGAUCAGCAGCUAGCGGAAUUUCUUGACAGACUUGAACUCGAUAGAGACCAAUAUUCGUCUUCAUAAAUACUGGAGUGCAGAUAACUGAGAGAACUCAGCGUUCAAGAUGUCCUUUGUCGGUGGUGAUCUUCCAACUGAGUGUACAUUGUCAGUCAUCCUUGAAGAGAGACCAAAGCUCCUAGAGCAAUUGGCCUUAUGCUUGGACAAAGAAAUGAGACUAAUUCCCAACGGGAAACAUUUGGCAUCGGAGCUUGAUAUCAACGCAGAUGUAAUCCGACGACUGGAGAAACAGUAUAGUGAUUACAGUCCUACCAUCCGAUUGUUUGAAUUUCUCUCGGUCACUCAACCGGAUCUGUCUAUUGAACAACUGGAAGACACUCUGCUGGAGAUUGGGAGGAACGACUUGUUUAGUUUGCUGACAAAAGUAUUUGGUUACCACUUGUCCCGAAAUGAAACUGAGAAGUCUGAUAGAUGCCCUGGAUUCCAUUCAAAGAAAGGAUCUACUAAAAAUUCUAGAAGAACAUAAUCAAAGAGAUGAAGUAUUCCUGAAGGACUUAAUGUCCCAAGAACCGGAGCUUGUGGAGACAAUGGCAGAAACACUUAACCGCGAAGAAGUACUAGGUGUCAAAAGUUGGAAACAUCUCGCCUACAAACUGAACGUGCCCGAUGACGUGCGUCAAGGAUUUGGUGUGACAGGACAAAAUUCGAAAAGUCCCACAAAGGAAGUCAUUGAAUGAGUGGCUGCGAAUCUCACGCAGAAAACUUUAAGUGACGUUACAAAUGCGUUGGACAGGAUCCAGCGUAAUGAUGCUAUUCGGAUAAUAUCAAAGCAAUUUCCAGGCUC